CUGUCAGUGAGCGUCAGUCUCGAAGGAGUGGUCCUGGUAGUGUCCUCGUUUGCGCGACGCCAGGAUCCCCAGGCAUUGUCCUUUGUGAGAGGAUCGGUGUCCCUUCGUACCUCGCGUCCCCGACGAAACGGCCGUGCCCGGCUCGGCCCGACCGACAUCGGAUAACGGAAGCGGCGCCGAUUCGUUCGCGGAGUGAAAACGGAACCGGGCCCCCGUUGUUCCGAGGCUGGAUUUCAUUGCGCAACCGGUCGAUCGUUCGAUCGAUCGAUCCAUCGAUCUCUAUUAUUCCAACACCUUUUGUUAACCGGCCAGCUCUCUCGGGAAACCUAAGUUUCGCUGUGACCGCGCUCGGCCGACUUAAGUGGUUCCUGCUGCAUAGCACCCCGGCACCGAGCAGCGCUCGAAGAUCGACGAUCGAGAGAUCUGUCGGAGAACGUGUUGACAAUGCGACAUUCGUCGCGCACGAUUGUUUUUUAAGAUAUCGGAUACCAUCGACGAUGGAAUCUCGUUCGGAAUGAAACGACGAUUUCAUGCGUAAUGGCAACCACGAAGUCCCGUUCGGACCAAGGAUCACGAUUUACACCGCGGAGGAUCUAAAUAUAGGUACUAUAACCUUUAUUGUUCUCACGGCGGGCCGGGAUCGACUCGACGCCGCGGAAAGAAAUCGUUUCCUCUGGCACGGAACAGAUCGUGUGUCGGAAGGAUCGCGGAAAAUCCUGUUCGAACCGAGAGACCGAUUAUUCUCUUUUAUUUGAAGAACAAAAUCACGCCGAAUCACGGCUCACAUUGUACCGGCUGGCAUUGUGCUAGUUCGAGGACUGUCCUUUUCGUUUUGUGCGGGGAGCCGGAACGAUGCGUCCACAGGGUCGCUGAGAAUUGUGAGACCGAUCCUUGUUUUUUCUAGAGAUCCAUCGAGAGAAUCACGGUUUACAUUUCGAUCGGAUUUAAAAAUACGUGCGCCGUUUGUUCGUCGAGCUCGCAGGUGGCUCGAUUUGUACUGGUUCGAGAACUGUUUCGUUCGUUUUGCGUGGGAAGCAAGAAAGAUACGUGUCGCUGGAAAUUGUGCCCGAAUCGUGAUACUGAUUCAUAUUUAUUUCAUAAAUCGAUGGAAUAACAGAUUUAUCGUUACACUCGCAGCAUCCUGGAGGCGACUCCGAUUAUUUAAGAACAACGGAGUUUGCACAUCCUUUUCAAGGAGAACGAGUACAGAUUCCAUCGAAAGGAUCACUGAAAAUCGCGAUCGAAUUCAGGGACUGAUUCUCGUUUAGUCUAAAAAUCGACUGGGCAACGAUGUACACCAUGGUGGAGAGCGUCUUAAUAAAAAUCGACUCGAUAAUUUCCGAAUAACAGGGCAUGCAUCGUUCCGCAUCCAUCGAGAAGAUCAUUGAUUUUCCUUCGAUCCAGAAGAGUUGACCGAGUCACGAUUUCCAGAGAAACUGAAAACACGUAAUCCGUCGCGUAUUGUGCUCGCAGCUUCCUGGAAUUAACUCGACUUAAUUAAGAAGCACACGCAGAAUACGUCGCGUAGCGUACGAAAAUUCUAAUUCGGAUUUUCAUUUCCUCGUUGUUCUAAUUGCAUCCUGAAUUCUCGAGCCUGGCUUUCGAAAAGCGUGGCCGAGAGGAGGACGUCCAACCAAUACUUUAAAAAGAUCGUCGAACCAAUACGCUGAGAAUAUCAUCGAAGCAAUGCUUCAAGAAGAUCGACGAACCAAUACGUAAAAGGCUGAGCCGCGUUGUCCCUUAAAUCGACUCGAUAACUAAAAAAGAAGAGUCGGAAAGGGAACGUAGAACCAGUACGUUGAAAAUAUCGUCGAACCAAUGCGUUGAAAAGAUCGUUGAACCAACGCAUUGAAAAGAUUACCAGCGUUUAAAGCAAAAGGUUGACUUCGGUUUCGUCUCAUUGUCCCCUAAAUUGACUCGAUAACUUAAAAAGAAGAGUCGGAAACGGGACAUGGAAAUUGUUACUUGAACUGAAAGGGGCUAAUUGAAAUCGGAAAAAGAAUCGUCGGAGUGGAUCGUCGAGUGUCGCGGGACCGGCGUGGGAGAUCCGCGAAUCCGCGAAGUCGAGGAUCGCGGGCGUCAGGAUCCGAGUGAUUCACUGGUGGAACGCGGUUCUGAUAUUUAAACCGAGCGGUCUCGGCGCGCGGACGGAAGCGAUCCGGGCGAGAAGGGUGUCCCAUCGAUCUUCUGGCUGGAUGGCUGCCAGAUCCGCGGCGGGUUCUCGAAUUUCCCGUUCCCACGGUAAAUCUUAGCCGGGCUAGAUCCGCGCGCGAUAGGAAGUUAGCAUGUCCGCGGGCCGGCCGAUACCGGCGAACGUGACUUCUCGGUGCACCGGUGAUAAUUAAUAAGCGUCCGGUGUAAUUUAUGUUCGCGAGUGAAAAAAGCGCGAAAACCGGCAGAAAGUGGGCAGCGCGCGGUGAAUCAUGCCCAAGGUCGGCCCGUUCGAUGAAAGUCAGCUGGCUAUUGUCCCUGAGCAACAAUCUCCGGCCGUGGUCGACUGUUAAAAGUGUGCUCCGCGAACUGUAGGCGAACGCGGCGGUAUUCCGGACAAGCACGGUAAUUGGGAUCCUUACCCUAGUUCGGACGGCUAGUAGAUCGAAGGGGUUCCGAUCGAUUCGGAGGUAUGAAGGUGAGAAGUUACCCUGGUCGCGCGGUCUUGGAGGACCCGGAACUGUUGUUGGACCCGGACGCCACCAGGGGAAGAGCCAUGGAGCUGCUUUACGAAGCCAGCUGGCGCGAGUGCGGUGUCAAUUGGACCGGCAAUGGUCGGAGCAAGGUUACCAGAGAACAGGAGGAGAGGUACCGGCAACCGUACGCGGAGGUGAUCUCUCAAUUGGAGGGUGUGCUGGAGGGCGGCAGGGUCAGCUCGUCGAUCGGCAGAGAGGACUCCGAGUCCAGGCGAUCGAGCAGCACCAACACCACGGACAGCGAGUCCGAGGUGAAUCAGAGUGGCAACAAUCAAGGUGGAUUCCUUAUACCUCGGCCGAGGCUGAUCGUACCGGUUCACACCUAUGCCAGGAGACGGCGGACCGGCGCACCACCGCCUGUCAGGAGGCGACAGAUACGCGAAGAGGGAAAGGUCGAGGUGUCACGCGACGGCAAGUACUUGAGUACUCUCGCGCCAGGAAAGGUCCUCGGCGAGCUAGCAAUCCUCUACAACUGCAAAAGGACAGCGACGAUAACAGCGGCCACCGAUUGCCAGUUAUGGGCCAUCGACCGACAAUGCUUCCAAACUAUCAUGAUGAGAACUGGCCUCUCGAGGCAGGCCGAAUACACGGACUUCUUGAAGAGCGUUCCUAUCUUCAAAAACUUACCCGAGGAAACGUUAAUCAAAAUUUCGGACGUCCUGGAAGAGACUUUCUACAACAAUGGAGACUACAUAAUCAGACAAGGAGCAAGGGGAGACACGUUCUUCAUUAUAAGCAGAGGUCAAGUGCGUGUAACGAUAAAGCAACCUGACAGUCCAGAAGACAAAUACAUCAGGACACUCGGCAAAGGUGAUUUCUUCGGUGAAAAAGCUCUCCAAGGAGACGAUCUGAGGACGGCGAACAUCAUCGCCGAUGAUCCGGAAGGUGUGAGCUGCCUGGUGAUAGACCGUGAAACGUUUAAUCAGCUGAUUUCGUCCCUGGACGAGAUCCGUACGCGGUACAGAGACGAGCUGGCGGCAGGAAGAAGAUUGAACGAGGAAUUCAGAGAACUGAGGCUGCAAGAUCUUCGGCCAUUGGCCACCCUUGGCGUGGGUGGUUUCGGAAGAGUCGAAUUAGUUCAAAUAUCUGGCGACAGCUCGAGAUCUUUCGCCCUGAAGCAGAUGAAGAAGGCUCAGAUCGUCGAGACGAGACAGCAGCAGCACAUUAUGUCCGAGAAGAGGAUCAUGGGCGAAGCCGAUUGCGACUUCAUAGUGAAGCUGUUCAAAACCUUCAAGGACAGGAAGUACCUUUACAUGCUGAUGGAGGCCUGUCUCGGCGGCGAACUGUGGACGGUGCUUAGGGACAAAGGACACUUCGACGACGGGACAACGCGGUUUUACACUGCCUGCGUUGUCGAGGCUUUUGAUUAUCUCCAUUCUCGGAACAUCAUCUACAGAGAUCUCAAACCGGAGAAUCUUCUUCUUGAUAGCCAAGGAUACGUUAAACUUGUCGACUUCGGCUUCGCCAAGCGUUUGGAUCACGGAAGGAAGACAUGGACUUUCUGCGGCACACCUGAAUAUGUUGCACCUGAAGUGAUUUUAAACAAAGGACACGACAUCAGCGCUGACUAUUGGUCCCUUGGUGUUUUAAUGUUUGAACUUCUUACGGGUACACCACCAUUCACUGGCGGCGACCCUAUGAAAACUUAUAACAUUAUUCUAAAAGGAAUUGACGCCAUCGAAUUCCCGAGGUCGAUUACACGAAAUGCAACAGCAUUGAUUAAAAAGCUUUGCAGGGACAAUCCAGCAGAGCGCCUUGGUUACCAAAAGGGUGGCAUUAGCGAAAUACAGAAACACAAAUGGUUCGAUGGUUUUAACUGGGAAGGUCUAAGAUCACGGACCCUCGAACCACCAAUCAUGCCACGUGUCCAAGGUGCCACGGACACUACAAACUUUGACGAAUACCCACCAGAUUCAGAUCCACCGCCACCGGACGAUAUAUCUGGAUGGGACAAUGAUUUUUAGCGAUUGUGAAUGUCUAUCUAAAGAUAUGAUCUAUUGUCAAGGGAAAAUCAAAACAAUUUAUUUCAUGUUCAGAGGAACGCAAAAUAGUCGAGAAACUGCUGAAAAAUAUGACUGUCGACAUCUGCAUUUAUUCUGCAAACUUCUACUAUGUGACGUGUAAAGAAUCAUAUAAUAUCGGCUAUACUGCAAGUAACGUGGAGGAUGAAGGAACUGGUUUGUGAUAGAAAGUUACAUCUUAAACAGCAUUGUUUUCAAGUACCUCCGAUUCACGUUGGUCCAUUCGAUCACCGGAAGUAAACGGAAUAGUUUCUUAUUGCAUUAUAUAGAGAGAAGAAUUAAUAAAAACUACAAUUUCAACACCGCCCAGUAUCGAAGUGAACUUAACGCGCGUCCAGCUUAGAGAAUUUAUACGACACGCAUAGAUCUGUGUUCCGUGAAAUGAAACUUGUGCGCACCACCAUAAGACGCGCGUGAAAGCGUCAAGUGCCAUGCCUGUCAGAGGUAAAGUCAAAACCUACCCCCAUGUGUAGUGCAUCCCCGCGCGAAAGUGCACAAAACGUAGUCAGCUCAACCGGAAGUAAAUUCUUGCCAUCAGACUCACAAUGUGCACGCGAUUUCGCGAAAUAAACCAUUGGAAUCUUCAUGUCCGGUUCAUUGUUGUUUGAUUCACUUUAUAGUUUAUUGUAAUAAUCCUAUUUUAAUUAAUUAUGAGAAAAAAGUGACUCUUGUAAAUAAUUGAUUAUAAAUAUAUUAGGUAAUGUCCAAUGUAUAUCGAUAUUAAAUAAAGUUUUAUUAAUGCUAACUGCA